AUGGCUGUACUGAGGCUCCUGCUGGGGUCAGCAGGGAUCAGGAAGCUGCUGGUGGCCCCCAGUACCAGGAAUCAGGUAAAAACUGCCCCCAAACCCCAUGUUAUCCUAAAUGAUCAGCCCAAAACCUGCAGAGGUGACCUCUGUGCUGUCAGGACUUCCUUUACUGCAAUAGCGCUCAAUGUUUCAUAUUUAUUGGGAUUAUUUGUUUAUUUUAUUUGUGCUAGUAGUUGGCCAUUUAUUCCUCACCACAAUGUGUGUUAUCUGCUAAUAUCUGUAUUUUAAUAUUGUUUAAUUUAAGUAUCUACGUGAAGCAUUGCACUGUGUACUUUCUAUAAGUAAAUUGCAGUGUUCAUUUGUUUUUUUUUACAUUUUCAUGUGUUAAUCUAGAAAUCUCAAGAACCAUUGAUAUCCAUGUGUUUUUGUUUUUUAAAUUGAUCUGCAUGCCAUAAAAUUACACUUAUAUCAAGCUGCAGUUUUACAAAAGACAGAAAGUGGACCUUUCACAUCAUUAUCAAACUUUUGGACAUGCAGGGCACCUAAUUUUACAUUGUAGUUAUUUACAAAGCAAGGUCUAAAACAGUGAUUCAUCUGCAACUUUCUAAAUAAAAUAUAAGCCUAGGCGACUCCACCAAGGAGUAGACCAGGAAGUGUUUGCAGACAGUUUGACUACUUACCCUGGGAGAACUCCAGGGCACUCCUGGUACCAUAACUACUACAGCGCACUGUAGUGGAUAUGGUGUUUGGAGUGUUAUAUUACGCUUUCAUUCCCAAAUCUGCUUUUUAUUACAGGCUCUAAACAACUAUAGCAGAAUAUCCAAAGUCACAUCUAUCUGCCUCCGGACAGAGCCAUUCCAGCUGCGUCUGCAGAAAGGUGAGUCUGAAAAUAGCGUGAGUUGGUUGUAAUCAGGCCUGCUUAGGAUGGGGGUAUUGCCAUAGAAGAGAAAACUAGAGACUGUCACAUAUGAACCAAGGCAAGAAUGCACUGUAUGGAAGAAUGAUGCACAAAGGUUGCAAGGUUUAUUUGUACAAAACUGACCAAGAAAACACUGCUGAGUAUUUUAGUUUUGCCGAUUGACGUUUUGAAAUUUCUGUUCUUUGUGUUUCAUGCAGAUCUUAGUUUUAGGUCAUUGAGACCCUUUGGUUCUGCAGCCAAAGUUGCUGAGUCCAGUGAAGAUAAUGCUCUUAAAUGGCUUCUUCUUCUGAUCCCAGUCGCUACGUUUGGACUUGGCACCUGGCAGGUAAACGUAAAUCCACUGCAACAUAUUUACGCAGGCAGGUAGUUAGCAGGUUGUAUGAGACACUGCAUAUAUUAAAUUGGGCUACUGCCCAUUUAAAUGAACACACCAUUACUACUGCAUCCCACUGUAGUGGUUAUGGUUCCAUGAGUGCCCUGGUGAUUUCUCAGUGUAAGUAAAACUUUUAAAGAACAGUUUGACAACCUACCUGAGGUCCACCUGGCGCCCACCGCCACUGACUCCAUUUUACAAGUAGGCUGCCAGACAAUUCUCACCUUCGUGAAAAACAUUGUCUGUGUUCCAGUUUGAUCAUAGUACUAGUGAAGCCUGUAAAUUACAUACAUGUUGGUUGUCUGUGGUCUGUUCAGUGAGGUAUACUAUUUCCAAAUGUCAGGAUAUUCCUAAGAAGAGGGCGCUAAGUGGUGAUUGCUGUUUUUAGGGAUAAGAGGUCUGUGAAGUAAAAGAAAAAGGAAUUCACCAGUGUGACUUACCAGGUGUAUUGGUCCAGGGCUUAACCCUAAAGUCUACUAUAAAAUUAAUUUGCUGUUCCCAAGAGAAACAGAUGGGAAAUGCUACCUGAUAUAGGAAGUAGAACAGAAAGUAACCUUGAAAAGCUUAACUAGAACUAAUAAAAUACAUGGUUCGUGAAAAAUAGUAAUUUAAAAAAAAAGGCAUUCCUGAUCUGUUUAGUGAUCCCAGAUAAAAGUGAAAUAGGAGGAGUAUAAAAAGGGCUUUAUUAAAGUGUUAUUUAAAAAGCAUGGCUUUCAUUCCAUGCACCAAUUUACUACCAGAUAAGACGGGUCUGUAGAAUUGCUGUAAGGUCCUUUCAGCAUCAGACCAUGGCAAUCUGAAAUGAUACCAUCGUGAACACAGGUGGGGAAAGAAUUCUCUCUAGGUAGCAUUCAAGUUACUUGGAUAUGUUAAUAAAAUCUUCAUAUCUUUUGGUUUUCAGGUUCAGAGACGCAAUUGGAAACUGAAACUCAUUGAGGAAAUGGAGUCUCGAGUGAAUGCCAAACCUGUUCCACUCCCUAUCGAGUAAGAGUGGGUAAUUAACCAUUCGUAACACGACCCACAUUGCAUACAUUACCAUACUUCAAACAGUUAGCGCAGUGACCCAUUUUCUUUUUUUCCAAUUUAUGCUUUAUUGAAUUUUUUUCUCAGAAAACAUAAACAUAAAACAGGGAUACAGAAAGAAAGGGGGGAGGGGGGGAAUGCCUCUGGGUUCAUGAAACCUUGUACGAUUCAUAUAUUACUUAACAUGUAAUCUUAAACAGUUAUCUUAAACAGCUUGUUCGAUCACUGGUAUCUCAACCUCUUAUGUUCCCAUCAACAUGCUACAUAGAAGCGGAGUUGAAACACUGUCAGCCAUUCAAGGCCUUUUUAACGGUUUUGGUACCACUCCUGUAACGUCGUCUUGCUACCCUUUUGUAUGUCCUUACUCGUAAGUGUGUAUAUAUAUAUAUAUAUAUAUAUUGUUAAUUAAUUAAGAUGCGGGCUCUAUUUGUUCUUUCUCUAUCAUAAACAGUUCCCAGUUUUGUUUGGCCUCUAGGAUGUGGCCUGGGGAUGUACAGCUUGUCGUAAGUUCAAGGAGACCUGAGAUAGGAGCUCGUUUUGCUUAGGGCAGGUGGAAUGUUUCCAUGCCCGUGCUAUCAGUGUGUUUGCAGCUAUCAGUAUGUGAAACAAGAGUGUCUUUUGUGCCUUGUUGAGAGUGACUGGCAUCAUGAAAAGCAACCCAGUCUCCGGCUGCAGUGCAAUUUGUGUGUGUAUUGAUAAGUCUCUCCACCAGCUCCCAGUAUCUUUUUAUCUUUGGGCAUGUCCACCAUAUGUGGUACAUACUGCCUUCAUCUUCCCCGCACUCCAACAUAAUUUCGAUGUGUUUGGAUAGAUUUUCUCUAACCUGGUCGGUACCAUAUACCAUCUGUAUUGGAUUUUCCUCAUUAACUCUACGUGUGAAGAACAUCUUGACCUUCCUUUGUGUGCCAUAAGUGCCUUCUGCCAUUGAGUGUCUGUGAACCGUUUGUGUAUGUCCUUUUGCCAAUGUUCUUUAAUUUUGUCUAGUGUAGCGUUGGGUGGGCUAUCAUUUAGAGUUGCGUAUAGUGUGGAUAGCAGUUUUUUUGGCAUGGCGCCUGUUUCGCAUAGUUUAUACAGUAGCUCCAGGGGUUGGGGGGAGGUUUUGUUUUAAUUGUUGUUCUCUAACAGAGAUUUAAUUUGUAGGUAGGAGAACAGUGUGCUAUUUGGUAGGUUCUGUCGUAAAUCAGAGUAUUGUUUUAUUUUACCCUCACAGAAUAGUUGGUCUACUCUCGAGCAUCCACUUUGCGUCCACGGGCGAAUGUUUAGUGUGGGGUUCGCUAGUGAUAGGCUCUGCAUUGGUGUCUGCAGUGCCCAUUGGUUAGUGUGUCCAAGUUGUUGUGUUGUGGAGUCCCAGAUGUCUAACAAGAGUGCUGUUGUCGGGAGUAUUUUUUGAGGUUUUGGUCUUAAUUUGUGUGGUACCCAAAACAGGUGCUUUAUGCCUCUGUGGCAUCCUUCAGCAGAUUCUAUUUCUUCCCAUUGUGGUCUUUCCCCUGUUGUUUGUGUUUUGUGCGUUUGUAAGGCUACCGACAUGAUGGCGGCUCUGUAGUACAUGUGUACAUUUGGGAGUCCCAGCCCCCCAUGUUGCAUUGGUUUGCACAGGAGUUUUGUGGCUACUCUGGUUUUCCUGUUCGCCCAUACAAAUCGUGUGAUUAUUUGUUGUAAUUUAUUAAGGUAGGUGUUUGGGAGGAAUAUCUGUAGUGUGUGUAAUAAGUAUUGGUACUUGGGUAGUAGCAUCAUCUUUAUGGCCACUAUUCUUCCUAUCCAGGACAGGAAUUUGUUCUCCCAGCUUUUCAAUGUGUCCCCUAGCUCUCAUAAUAACCUGCCAUAGUUUAGUUCCAAUAAUUGCGCAGGGUGUUUGGGGAUCUUCAGUCCCAGGAAUGUGAAUGUGUUUGCAUCAGUGUUUAGUAAUGAUAUGGGUCUGAAGUUUUGUGGAACCGUGGUGGGUUUAUUUGGUUUCGGUAAUGUGACUAUGUGGGCUAGCAGCAUUGCUCUCGGGAGCGAUUUUGUGGCUACUGCAUAGUUGAAAGUCGUGGCUAAACAUGGUGCUGGGGUCAAGCCGAAUGUUCUGUAAUACUGGUUUGUUAGGCCAUCCGGUCCAGGUGAUUUGCCGGUGGGUAACGUUUUAAUGACAUCUAUAAUCUCUUGUGCGUCUAUGGGUUUAAUCAGGUCUGCUUUUUGUUGUGUCGUGAGUUCUGGUAAAGUGAUCUGUGCUAGGUAGGCUUGGAUACUCCGUUUCUGUGGGGUGGGCAGUGUUACUAUCCUCUUUCAAGUUGUAUAAGCUAUGGUAAUAUUUGGCGAAUACAUCGCUUAUGUCUUUGGGUUUAGUGAUUUUCCUUCCCUUUCCGUCCAUUAGAUGAGCUAUUUUUUGGUUAACUUGUUUCUUUUUGAGGUGGCUCGCUAGUAGUUUGCUUGCCUUAUUGCCCUGCAUGUAAUGAGCUAUUUUUAGUUUUGUCAUGUAUGCCUGUGUUUGUUCUAGGGCCUGUUGGUGUAUCAGUCUGGAUAUGGUCACUAUUCGUUGUUUAAGUUCUGCUGUUGGUUGCAUUUGGUUUUGGGAGUUAAGGUCAUAUAGUUCUUUUUUCCAUUCUCUAAGUUUGGUGUGGGUGACUUUUUGAUGUAUGCUGCCCUUCUGAUCAGCAGACCCCUAAUCACCGACUUAUUGUCGUUGGUGUUACCUCCCCAUUGUCGUUUGUCGCAAAAUAGGACUCUAGGUCGUUUUGUAGGUCUUUAGUAAAGGUUCUGUCCUGUAUUAGUGAGUUAUUCAGUUUCCAUGGGCUCCGGUGUUUAAAAUCGUAUGUAUUUUUCAUAUCUAGUAUUACUGGUGCGUGGUCCGACCAUGUGAUUUGUUGUAUAUCACAUGACUGUAUUUGGUUCAGGUGUGAGCCUGAUAUGAGGAAUCUAUCUAUUCUGGAGUAGGAGUUGUGAACCGCGGAGAAGUGUGUGAAUGUCUUGGUCUCCGGGUGUGUAAUUUUCCAUGUGUCGUAGAGAUGGUAUUCGUGGAGGAGUUUUUGUAUGCUUUUGCACUGUCUUGAUGGAGGGCGGUGUUGUGGCAGUGUGGUGUCUAGUUUAGGGUCCAGUAUGUGAUUGAAAUCCCCGCAUAUCACCGUUAUGCCUUGUUGUAGUUUGUGAAGUUUGUUUAGUACGCUGUGUAGAAAAUUCCUCUGGUUGGUGUUAGGUGCAUAUAUGCUUACUAACGUGUAUAACAUGUCGUUUAUUGUUCCUGUUACCAUGACAUACCUGCUAUUUUUGUCUUCGUCAUGGGUGUGUGGUAUGAAGUUAACGUGUUUGCUUAUGAGUAUAGAAGUCCCUUUGGAUUUGUGUGGUGAGGUUGAGUGGUAUUGGUGUGGAAAAUUUGCCACUUGAACCUGCGGGUGGUCAUUGUGCCUAAAACGUCUCUUGUAGACACAAUAUAUCUAUGUCUAAUGACUUGAGAUCCCUGCCAAGUAAGUGUUUUUUUGUGGGGUUGUUAAGCCCCCUUACGUACGUAAGUACAGAUCUUCACGGUGGUUCUUUAUAGUAUUUCAUUGUAUAGUAUUCUGUCUGUUCUAGUCUAACGACGGCCAUCACUCUCCCCCAGCCUUUCAAGUCGAGUGAUGGUGUCUCCUGGGCUUGGAGCUUCGGUCUCCUGUGUGCUUUGUGUGCCAGUAUUAUGUCUGUGUGCGAGGUCCAGUUAUCUAGUGUGAGGAAUCUCUGUGUUGGAUGUCUCGGUGCGGUCCCUACUGCCUGAUGGUCGCUGUUGCCACGUACAUAGAAAGCAUUAUUUAAAUGAACCCAAUAAGGAAAUAACAAAUAAAACUUAACAACUAUAACAUAAGUAUAUACAUUGGUUAACAUUGCCAUAAGUAUGGCUAGGCACUGCGUCUUCGUGCCUUGGGGUAAAAGCUAACCUUCACGUCCUGUACCGUCUCCUUCCCUUAACCUCAUUUAAGUUGCUGCGGUCGUAUAGUGUCUUAUGUAUGCCUUAGAUUGUUUUAUUAGUUAGUAUUUACCUGCGUUUGUGUGGUUAUUUAGAGUGUCUCUGUGUGUUUAGUUUGCUACGAGGGCCUAGGUUUGUCUUUCGUAUCUCGGGUGUUCUUCUGUCGGUCUCUCUGUAUCUUGUACUAUAGUGAACCAGUCCUACAGUAAUGACUCUCAGCAAUACCCCUUUUUAAUACAGUUUUAGACAGGCCCCUUCUCUUUUAGGUCUGAAUAUAAUUGUCCCUUAUUUUAAGAGUGCCUGGUUAUUAGUCCUUUGUUUGUCCAUGUGUUUUGUUUUUUUUACUUGACCCGAUCUUGGCCAUCUCUCAGCUUGAACUUUUCCUUCCAGAGAGCGUCUCUAUUUUGUGAGUGUCGAGUGUGUGAUCAUUUCUGGUGUUUCUUUCCUUUGUUCCACUUCGGGGAGAGUCUGGUGACAUUCCUGCUUUCGGGUGAACUGUCUGGCAAGGUGAUGUCCCAGGUUUUGAGGAGUCUGUAUCCUUCCUCCGGUGAUUUCACUAUUGUCGUUUUCCCUUUCUUGGUUAUGAGGAGCUUUGUCGGGUAUCCCCAGCAGUAUGGGAGAUGGUUGUCUCUCAGUGUUUGUGUGAUAUCUUUAAACUCUCUCCGGCGUUUCAGCGUGUAGGUAGAGAUGUCUGCGUAGAUCAUUAUGCCCUUGUAUGGCUCUGGCAUAGUUUUCUUUGUUCUGUUAGCGUUGAGUGCUGCAUCUUUAGCAUGAAAAUAAUGCAUGCGGAGCAGCACAUCCCGUGGAGUUUCAGGCGGUAGGAAGCUUUGUUUUACCGUGCGUUGUAUCCUGUCAAUCAGAAGCAUCUCCUGGGGCCAGUCAGGUAAGAGGCAUUUUAGGAGCCCUGUAACAUGGGCCAUAAGGUCCGGUGUGCUUACGCUUUCCGUGAUACCUCGUAUGCGCAGAUUAUUCCUGCGGGCCCUGUCCUUGAUGUCCGCAAGCUUUAUGUCCUGCUCUUCAAUUCUGGCGAUAAGGCCGUCUAUAGUAUAUGCCAUGGUAUUAUGGGCUGUUUCAUAUUCUGCCAUUUUAUCUUCCAUUUGCGAGGUUCUUGUGCCCAGCUCGUGUAAAUCUUUGUGGAUGUCUUUCAUUGCAAUGUCAAGUUUGCGGAGUAUUUUAUUUGACAUUUCCUCCAGUAGUGCUUUCAGUGUGCCCUUUGUUAGGGCGGGUGUUUGGUCCGCCAUCUGCUCCACAUGUUCCACAGUGUCAUCGUCGCCAUCUUGGGCCUGCUCUUGUGUCUGUGGAGUCUUUUGCUGUCCUGCUCUGGAUGCUUUCUCUGACCUGUCAGUGGUCCUUUUCCCCUUGGGUUGCGACAACUCUGCAGGUUAGUUGUUUUUAUUGAUUUUUUUUCGGACUUAAUUGCUCAUCUGAGGUUGAUUGGGAACAGAGCCGCUAGUGCAUGGACCACUCAGGUCUCCCGUCAGGACACGCCCCCACAGUGACCCAUUUUCAAUAUAUAAUAAUUUGUUAAACUUAAUUUAUCUUCAUUAGACUCUCCCCAGUUUGUGGUACGGAAGUGGGGGAGGGUCGGUGAUGGUAACUGUGCGAUAUUAAACAAUUUAUUGUGUAUAGCUACCUAGGGCCUGUAUGGAGUGACAUACCUCUUUCAAUCAAUAGGGACUCACCAAAAUUGAGUUAUUGUAUCUCUAUGGGGUUCCAUGCAGAGGGUGGAGACCUUAACCUGCUGCAGUUCAGAGUUCUGUGAAUAAAUAAACCCUUGGAUCAUGAAAAGUGAUGUGUUCUGAAGCUUAAAAACCAUAUGCACCACUUUCCCUUUCGUUACAUAUCCAUAACUCGAUCAGGCAGGGCUGCCCCCUUUCUUCUCUCCUAUUUGUUUGGUCUCUGGAAGCACUGUCUGAAGCCAUCGGACAAAAUGGCAGCAUCCUGGACAUUAAGAGUUGAGUACAAAAUAGUCGUCUACAAGGAUUACUUUUUGGCUUUUGUUGGUCAGACAGUUAUUUCACUCCCAAGCACUUUAUCUGAAUUCAGGAAUUAGGGGGCAUUAUCCAAACUUAAACUGAACAAAGAUAAAUCCGAGUUGCUCAUUCACAGAAUGCAAAGAAGAGAAUUGUGAGAGAAGGGACCUCCCUUAUAUUUUCAGUAAUGCUGUUGCACAUUUCCAUAUUGUAGCUCUUAAAAUAAAAAAAUGCAACUAAGUUACUAAUUCCUGACCCCAGGAAACCGCAGCCACCUACACUUUACCAGUGGAUUGUCAUGUUAGAAAGAUUUAGAGGCAAUGGAAGCACUCGAUUUUAGUGGUUAUUGUGCUAGGAGUCUCCUGAAGCUACUACAUUGUAACUAGUUUAACCGUUUUUUCAAUUUGUUUGACAUCUGGAUCUGUUAUAUGCAUAUGGUACUCUCAGUCUAUUAUUCAAAAUGAAUAUUGCUAGUGCAAUGGCAACUUUUCCUCCAGCAAUAUUCAGUAAACCAGACGGGCCACAGGCUGCUGUGAGAUUCAGGUGUCAAACCAUUUGAACACUGUUUAACUACUUAAUGAGUGGCAACGUCAGGAGACUCCUACAUUAGGUUUACAUAUGGUCCUUAAACUGACCCUUUUGCCUUUAGUGGCGGCAGUUUAAUAACCGUAUUGCAAAAUGUAGGGGGGGGGGGGGAAAUAAUUGCAAAAAGCACAAAUCAGAGUUGGAUAAAAUGUAAUUUGUUUUCAAUGUAGCUAUUUUAACCUAAAUUUUGCAGCUUUGUUAAACUUUAUAAGUAAUUUCAACUACUGUUCGAUACACUAAGACUAUAUCGCAUGUACCUGCACAAGUGUAACAUCAAUUUACUUGACAGUAUUGCUCCACAUAUGCUACUUAAAACACAUUCACAAAAUAAAUAUGGGAUCCUUCUUCUUGUAAAAUUUUAUAUUGUUUUACUUUUAUUUGUAUAGUUUAGAACCUUGAUACUUUAUUUUAUACACUGUUCUGUAUUAUUUAUUCCUUGCAGCCCAGCAGAGCUCAGGAAAUUAGAGUAUUGUCCUGUUAAAGUCCGCGGUCACUUUGAUCACUCCAAGGAACUUUUCAUACAACCUCGAACAUUGCUGGAUCCAGAGAAGGAAGCUCGGCAGGCUGGUCAGAUCUCCUCAAGCACAGAGAGUGGGGCCCAUGUGAUAACCCCCUUCUACUGCACAGAUCUGGGGUAUGUAAAUCAUUAAACUAAACAGCUUUUUCACUCGACCAGCAGGUCCGGUGAAAAAGAAUCAGAGAGGAUAGUACCACUGUUAAUAUCUGUAUUUUAAUAUUGUUUAAUUUAAGUAUCUAUGUGAAGCAUUGCACUGUGUACUUUCUAAAAGUAAAUUGCAGUGUUCAUUUUUGGGCCUUUUAACAUUUUCAUGUGUUAAUCUAGAAAUCUAAUCUGGGCAUGAACCUUGUAGAUUAUACAUUUUCAAAAUGGUGGAACACUAGGUUCCAAAAACUUGGUAAAUGUUGUAUACAGCAUAAAAUAAAGUAUUAAAGAGUGUAUGGGGUAGCUAAGGGAGGGCUAAGACUAAAAUCAGUAACUGUGUAUCUGAUCAGGCUUUAUUGAGUUGUGCCUCAGAUACACUAACUGACAUAGACAAAAUAAGAAAUAGCAGAUAAGGGGGAAGGAAUCGCAGAGAACAGUGGUAAUGGUGGAAACUGGUUCUAACAUUGCAGGAAGUAAUCAUAUGGCCAUAGGUAACAAGGUACUAGUGCUGUGUGUAUCUCCACUUGUACACCCUUAUAGCAAGGUAAAUAGAAAACUAAUAUGACCCAAAGGAGAGUAUAAAUAGAGUCAGCUAGCCAAUAGCUCGGCUGUAGUAAGGAAAACAGCCUACUACCAGCACAGGACAGAAAAUGAAUACCUGCAAUAGAGCAUAAUAGCUCAGUUGCUGUGCUAAGCCAGCAAUUUACCAUUACAAACAGGGCCGUCUAUAAUAUGAAUUGGAACCUGGGCAAAGCGUUUUCUUGGGCUCCCUGGGCCUUGCCCCUCCCACCCCGAAAUUACACCCAACCCCCAAUCACACUUUUCACCCCAAUGCAGUAGGGGAACUAAAGUAGAGAGAUUCAAAACAUACUUACACUGACAGACAUACUGACACAGACAGACAUAUUGACACAUUUGCAGAUAUAUACUGAGACACAAAUAUAUACUGGCAGACAUACUGACACACAUUCAGACAUACACUGGCAGACAUACUAACACACACACACACACACACACACACACAUACUGGCAUACACACUGACAGACAUAUUGACACACACAGUAUGUCUCUGUGUGUGUGUGUGUGUCAGUAUGUCUGUCUGUGUGUAUGCCAGUAUGUCUGUCUGUGUGUUAGUAUAUCUGUCAGUGUGUCUGUCAGUAUGUCUGUCUAUCUGUGUGUGUCAGUAUGUCACACAGACAUACUGACACACAUGCUACAUUUAGCCACCCUCCAGGUUCUUUUUCUAGAGGGUGGUUUCCCAGGUGUCCAGUGCCAGGCUGAGGCAGUUGGGAGUUAUCUUCUGGAACUCCUCUCCUCCCUGCCUUCCUCCUCCCUCCCGGCUCUGAUCUCCGAUGGGAGGAAGGGAUGCGCGGCACUUACUUUCUCCCAGCUGGCUGCCGAACAGGAAGGGGCCCGGUUGCGCUGUUUAAGAGCCAUAGUGCCUGACCAGGCCCCUGCUGACACAUCCCCAACCAGGUGGCCCUUAGUGCAUGGGCCACCUGGGGGACCUCCUUAGUGUGCGGGCCGGUGCGGCUGUGAGCAGCCACACUGCCUGGUCCAUGGGGGCUGCACAAAUUGCAGGGUCCACAGGGCAGCUGCUCUCGGGCCCCCCAGGAGCAACUGGACCCGGGGCAGCUGCCCCGUUUACCCCGCAUUAAAGCAACUAACACCUAAAUGGACGUUGGGCUCACUUGCUUUUCUUUCCUAAGACUUUAGCUCAGAUUUCUAUGCUAUUAGCUGCACUGGCUGGUCUAUGCAAUUUCACAGUGAAUAGCAUGGCGUCCUGCAGUGACUAACUGCUGGUGAAGCAUUGUGGAAGCGAAUCAAGGUUUGGUUUAGUAUAACCUUUAUCUGUACAUUUGCUGCUAAUGAGCCUUCUUUUCCCAUGACAGAAUCACUAUCCUGGUUAACAGGGGAUUUAUUCCACGAAAGAAAAUAAAUCCAGAGACGAGGCUGAAGGGACAGGUAAGGGUCAAGUGUGGUCCCGUUUAGUUUAGUACAAUGUCUGAUUGUUUCAGUGGUGCAGACUCUGUACUCUGUAUGGUAUCAGCGGUAAUGUCCGGAAAGGUUUUGUGAGCAAAGAGGAGCAGAAUCGCAUGGCUGAGAAUUUCUGGGCAGUAAUGUGAUGAUGUCUAAAUGAUAUUACUAUAGUCAUUCUGACUAGUUUCAUGGAUAAAUAUAAAUGUGUGUGUGUGUGUGUGUGUGUGUAUAGCAGAACAGAAUAACAGCACUCCAGGGUUUUUCACAUUUUCUUCCUUCCUUUAUUCAGUGUAAUCCAUCUUACAACAUGGUCAACGUUUCAGUUCCCAACUGGAACUUUCAUCGUGAGUUUGGCAUGGAAACGUUGACCAUGUUGUAAGAUGGAUUACACUGAAUAAAGGAAGAAAAUUUGAAAAACCCUGGAGUGCCGGUAUCCUGUUCUGCUGUAUUGAGGGUUACUGAGCACUGGGUAACAACAACUUUUUUUUUCUAUGUUGGAGUGCAGAGUCUGUGAUAUAUAUAAAUUUGUGUUCUGGGCAAUAUUGCUGUAAUGAUUGAAGUUAUAGACAAGUAUGGAUGUAACACAAUAGUAAAUAGCAGUCGUGGUGUGCCAGAACCGGCGAUGCAAUAGGCCUGUAAUAAAAAGGGCAAAAAGAAUGGGAACCAUACCAAUAAAUGUUUUCGGUCUACAAUAUAACAUAGUCAUUACUUUGGGAAAUCAAGAAAUGCUUGACGCAUAUUAUUUUUCUUUAUGCUGGUGCUGUUAUAGUUGUGCAAAUGUGUUAGAAUUCUGCUGUUAUAGCAACAGUACAUCUCAAAGGAAUACAUUGUCUGCUACUACAGGGUCUACCAUUGAAUCUAUCUAAUCUCUGAUUGACUCAUUGGGUGGUGGUGGGAUAACUUUAUUGAAUUGGGGGGAAAAGCUGAUUGUUUCCAUGGCAUUUGAUACUAUUAAAUACCUAGCCAGGCAGUGAUUACAUCAUAGGGGGACUCCGAACUCACAAAACAGGGUAAUGGUAACAGAGUAAAUAAUUAUGUUUCAAACAUGUAUGUUUGUCUUUCUGCAGGUUGAAGGUGAGGUCGAGCUGGUGGGAAUUGUAAGGCUGACCGAGAUUCGCAAGCCUUUUGUUCCACAGAAUGAUGUUACACGGAAUCGAUGGCAUUAUAGGGACCUCGAGGCAAUGGCGAGAGUUACCGGAGCUGAACCUAUACUCAUCGACGCAGGCACAGGUACAGUGGACACAAUACAGUUCACUAAUUAUGUACAGACGUACUGAGUAUCGUUCGUCUUAAACUCUGGAUGUUUGUUUUUUCUAUUAUUUGUUUGAUUCACUUUUGAUGUUACGCAGAUAUACACAAUCUUGUUUAAAUUGUAGGAUUAAGUCCACCUUUAAUGUCUGUCUUUCGGGGAGCUACUAGAGGUGCUUCCAUGCUUCUCACGGAGUUUAAUGACUCCAUUAAAUGACGUUUGACAGCCUCAUGCGUUGCAUGGGAAGUCCAGCGUCUUCAAAAUAGGAAAGCAUUAAUUCAAUGCUUGCCCCUAUGCUCAUUAGGUUCUUCCAUAGGUGUGACGUCGCUGGAGGGGGAGAUCGAUCCAGCAUGGAGGGACCACGACGUUGGAAAGAGGUAAAUGGGGGGUAAAAUGUUUGGGUUUUUUUGUGUUUUUUUUAUUUAUUUUUUAUCCCUUGCAUGCUUGAGGCAGCUGAGAACCUAGUAAGUUACGGAUAGUGGCAUACUAUAGCUUUAGUGUUCCUUUAAUAUUGGAUGAAAGCAUUGUUCAAAUUAUUGCCUUCGGUCUAAUUCUGAAAACAGUGGCUUUCAGCAGAACACAAAUUACUCUGCUGCUUUUCUAGUGAUGGGUGAUAAUUAACUGUCUCGUUAUGUAAGGUCCUACAUUGCCAUCUUAAAGGGACACAAUAGUCACCAGAACAAAUAUAGCUUGGUGUAGUGGUUCUGGUAUCUAUAGCCUGUCCCUGCAGGCUUUUUAAUGUAAACACGGCCUUUUCACAAAAGGGCAGUAUUUACAUUGCUGCCUAGGGACACCUUUAGUGGCAGUCACUCUGACAGCCACUAGAGGUACUUCUGGGUCAGUGCUGCACUGACGUUCAGCAUCUCCACGCUCUGCAUUAAGAUGUUGAAUGUUCCUCAUAGAGAUGUAUUGAUUCAAUGCAUCUCUAUGAGAAGAUGCUGAUUGGCGCAGUGUUUUGCCGCGCAUGAUAGCCUCCCAAUGCUUUUUUAUGAGAAAUCAUUUAACUGGCUGAGAGUCAAAUUUGAUGAUCUCAACCAAGGGAGCAGAAGCAGCUGCGAGUAGACCCCCACGGCGCUGGAAUAAAAGUGAGUAAUAUCUCCUUUUACCUUGCUGAUAGGGGGGCCGGGUAUCGAAAUGGCACAAUUAGACACUUAUUAGAUUUUUGUCAUCUUUUAGACUUGUGUUAGAGGUCUAAUGUGUUAGCCAAGAUAGUCUAAUAUGUUGACUACAGUGGGGAAAAAAAACAUAAAAUAAGAAAAGGUGUUACUCUUUUCUAGGUACUACUGUCCCAGGAGGACCUAUUGGUGGGCAAACCAGGGUGACCUUGAGAAAUGAACACAUGCAGUACAUUGUAACAUGGUAAGUGAUACAAUUGCCUACUUUACUGUUUAAUAUUCAAAUAUGUAUCAAACUGACAUAUUUUAUUUUUCUUAGCAGACAGGAAACUGCCAUUAGUAUUUCCUAACCACUAACCUUAAAGAGUCAAAUAUGUAUUCUUACUGCUAUAGUGUUCCUGGUUGGAUUAUUGCGUCCGCCUCCCCCCACGAGGUAAAUAAAGCGAUUUACUUACCUUGUCUACAUUGCCUUGCCUAUCUAGCCGCUCUAUCUCCUUGGCUGAGAUCAUCAAUCUUGAUGGUGUCAACCAAUACAAUAGGGAUGUGUUAGGAGGCCAGUGCGCAUGCACGGACAAACUCCUCUCUGCACCAAUCAAAUCCUCUUUAACAGCAGCAUUGAGGUAACUGAGUCUGACUUGGUUAUUUAGUGGAAGCGCCUCUAGUGGCUGUCAGGAAGUGUCAGGAGUGUUCACCCUGCAUUCAUACCAUUGCUAUAUACGGUAGUGGGAUUCAAAAAUGUUAGUAACCAGUUCCGACUUUUCAUAUGUUUCCAACUCCACAGGACCGUCCCAAGACAAUGUGCUGCCUGGGUCCAAGACAGACACACACUCCCCUACGCCCCCUGCAGUGGGGGAACUAAAGUAGAGAUAUUCAAAACAUACUUACACAGCCAUAUAUACAGACAUAUUGACAGAUACAUACUGAGACACAAAUAUAUACUGGCAGACAUAUUGACACACACACACACACACCCCUGACACAGUCACACAUAUAUUUCCUGGGGGGCAAAGGGAAUGCUAUUAAUACAUCCAAAGCAUAAACUUUGUAUUUCUUGUCAAUGAGCAGAAUAUACAAAAAUUAGGUAUACCAUGCAACGAGCAAUAAAUACAUAAACUUACAUAAACUUGAUGUAUCACGCCAAUGGAAAGUAAAUGCAUACACUUGGUAUAUCACGCCAGUGAAGCAAUAAAUUCAUAACAUUUGUAUAACAUGCCAAUGAGCCACAUGUGCCCCCAAACAGCCUACCAAUGCCAUUCUGCCCUUAGCCUGUGUGUUCCAUCUUUCUGCCACCAGCAUCUCUCUACCCUUAGUCUCUCUGUGCCAUCUCUCUGCCACUACCCUCUCUGCCUCCAAUGCGGGUGACAGUGUGUGGUGAUGGUGACCGUGUGUGUGGGAUGUUGAGAGUGAACGUAGGAGGGUGACAUCCCACCUUCCAUCCAUGUCCCCAUCCAUGUCCCCCUAUAUGUCCUUCUACCUCUUCCAUCCAUGUCUCUCCCCUUCAUGUCCCUCUUCCCCUCCCCUCCAUUUACCACUACCAGCCAUGUCUCCACCCUUCCCUCCAUGUCCCCUUACUAAUUCCAUCCAUAUACCCCUUCUUAACAUGUCCUCCUCCUUGUUCCCUAACCAAUUUUAUCCUCCCCUCCAUGUCCACUUACCAAUUCCAUCUAUGUCCCACUCUCCUCCAUGCCUCCCUCCUAUCCAUGCCCCCUCUCUCCUCCAUGUCCCCCUCUCCUCCAUGCCUCCCUCCUAUCCAUGCCCCCUCUCUCCUCCAUGUCCCCCUCUCCUCCAUGCCUCCCUCCUAUCCAUGCCCCUCUCUCCUUUAUGUCCCCCUCUCCUUAAGUGCAACAUAUGUCGUUGCCUGUGGUGAUUCCCCUGAUCACUCAAUGCAUGCCAAAAUCACUUUUGGGAAAUAAUGGAACUUUUAUUUCAAUUUUAGUUUCUCUAAUCUCACAGAAAUUACCUGUACCACAAAUAGGAGUUAUGUAAUGUGUAUUUAUAUAUAAAUCACGUUGAAUCAUUUAAGAAGGUUUAUGUCCACAGUGUUCAUACCCUUUUUAUCUGUAUAGAUGUAGAAUAAAAAAAAAGUAUCUGCUUACCUGUCUAGGCAGGGGAGAGGACCUCUCGCUGUCCGUCGUGCUCUGCUUCCUUCACUCUGAGCGCCGGGUAGUCCCGUGAAACCUGGCGCUCCUACACUGAGCGAGAGGGGAAGGCGCUCUCCAGCUGGCAUAGUGUGCGUGCGGUUCCCUUCUGGAGCCGCAUGCUGCCUGCAUGUCGAAGGGAGCGUAGAAGUCAGUUGUCAAACUGACAAGGAAUUUUUGCACUCCUGGUGGGGGCUGGUUUCGCAGAUGGUUCGGCGAACUUGUUAAAUGUUAGUAACAGGUUCGCACGAACUGGCUGAAUCCCACCACUGGCUAAAUAUAGUAAACGCCAAUGUUUUAGAUUGCAGGGUUUAAACUAAAGGGACACUGCACUCGGACCAUUUCAUCUUGGACCAUUUAAUCUCAGUGAAGUGGUCUUGGAGCCUGUAGCGGUCCUUUAAAGUGUAACUGUCACUAGUGCAUAAAUCAAUAGCUAACUGAAAGCUCUAUUUUUAAUUUCGAGACCACCAUGAAGCUGGGCACAUAAUUUGUCAUUUGAUGAAUUUUGUACCCGCUCCCAUCAAUCUGUCAUGAUCCCAUUUUUUUAACGGUUGACUUACUUUGGAGUCAUCAGUCACUUUGCCUUUUGUCUUCAAAUCAUAGCAUGAGCAUGUCGUUUACCUCUUCAUUCUUCAUUUUUAGGUAUGGUCUAUGCGCGGCUACUACCUAUAUGUGGUGUAAGAAGUUUGUGAAAAAGUUGGCUUAG